AUGUAAAACAAACCAUUAGACUGGAUUUGCAUCGGAUGCAAGAACUUGAAUUAUUCGUUUCGUAAAUAUUGUAAUCGAUGCUAAACCUUCACAAGAGAUGCUCCAGGAACAAAAUUCAUUCCGUUAGAACAACCAAAUAUAAUUGAUUCCUUAAAGCUCUCAGAACCUGAUCUUACAGGCAGUGGACACAGUACUACAGAUAGUGUUGGAAGUAAAGCUCAGGAUCAUACAGUCUUUCAUUAAGCACUUUUCUUAGAGAAUUUAACAUAGAGCUAACAAGAAACGGUCAACAAGAACUUUAAUUUUAUGAAAACUUGUUCAAUCUGCAGAACAGAAAAUUAUUUUUAUCAAUCAAAAUGCAAGGAAUGUGGAUUCAGAAUAUCCAUGGUUUGA